AUGUUCAACGUGCAGGACAACGACGAGGAGAUGAUCGAUGAAGAAGAAGACGACAGAAACGGCUACAACGAAGACGAAGACAUGGCCGAUGAAGACGCAAAUGGCGAUGGAGGCGAAGGUGAUGGAGAUGGCGACGACGAUGAAGACGACGACGACGACGACGAGGAAGACGAAGACAACGAAGACAACGACGAUGAAAAUGACGACAACGACAACGACGACGAGGAUGGCGACGGCGAUGACGAUGACGACGACGACGACGACGCCAAGUUCAUGGACGCUCGUGAAUCACAGCCCCAGAGCACGACGCCCAGCGAGGCCAAGGACGCUAGAGACGUGUUGAUGAAGGACGACACAGACGAGGACCACCAGGACAAACAGAGGAAGCAAUCCGGCGACGAGAACGACGCCAAUGGCCGUGCAAAUGCUCCUGAGCAAGACACCCAGGAGGACGAAAAGUCGCCCGAAAACGGCCCCAAGCUUUCGUUCAGAGAGCAGGCCAUGACCAAGGCCAAAAUCGCCACCGAAUUCGACAUAGUGCCCUCUGUAGCCAUCCCCUACUCCUCGCAGUGCCAUGCGCUUGCGUUCACCGAGGGCCCCAAGUGGAUCUUGACCGGAGGUGAGGACGGGUUUAUCCGCAAGUAUGACUUCAUAGCGUCCAUCCAGGGCAAAUCCCCGUUGACCAUGGCCCAGAAGCAUAACAUGGUGGACACCAUCACCAAAGCAGGGGUGAUUGCAUCGUACUGGGAGAACGAGCAACCUGUGACCAAGCAGGAGUUGAUGCGCCAGAACCCCAAAAUCAAGCCUGGCGAUUUCACAGGCGGCUCGGCCACUUACGAGCCCAAAGUUAACCCGGUGUACUCGUUGGAUGCCGAAAGAAACGGGUAUUGGUGUCUUUCAGGCCUUCUAUCGGGUGGCAUUUCCCUCUUCACUAUGAGAUACAACGAGGGUGCUAUCCAGCACUACUUUCCCCACGGUCCCAAAUCAGAUAACUCCAAGGGCCACAACGACGCAGUGUCUGUGAUACGAUUGAAUACUGAGCAGGAUAAGUUCUUGUCGGGAUCGUGGGACAAAACCAUUCGCCAGUGGGAUCUCAACACUGGCAAGGUCAUCACCUUAUACGACCAGUGUUCAGGACAGGUGUCAAAUAUACAGUACCGACCCCAGGGCCUACUCGACUUUACGGUGGACAACUUGGAGUCCGACGAUGAGGAAAGCACAGAAAACAAAAAGAAGUCUGGGGACAACGAAAACGAAAGCGAGAUCGGCUCAUUGUUUGGAGAUAGCGACGAGUCUGGCGAUGACGACGAUUCCAAGUUGUCCAAGCCUUCAUUCAAUAAUUCACAUACCACCAAAACCCACCGCAAUGAAGAUAUUUUCAUGAGUUCCAGCAUUGAUGGAACAAUCGCCAUAUGGGAUAUCCGAACCGCAGAGCCCGUGCUCAGGCUAGGGGUGUCGGAGGGAAUUCCUCCGUGGUGCAUGUCAUCGACCUGGUCCAACGAUGGAGACUUGAUUUACGCUGGAAGAAGAAACAGUACCGUCGAAGAAUUCUCUAUCAGAAUGCCCCACAAACGGUCUACUACAGGCUCGGGAAAAAACACCAUGGUUCCAAAUGUGCGGAAGCUCUUGCAGUUCCCUAAAAUCUCGGGACCUGUCAGCGCCAUAUCCACCAUGCCCAAUGAUGAUUUCUUGCUCUGUGGCUCCAACGACAACAUCAGAUUGUAUAACUUGAAGUUGUAUGACAGUGUUGGUGGAGGUGCUGCUGCUUCUACCACCUCUUCGGGUUCCAAAAAGCCAGCGACUCCAUUUUUGAUUAUUCCGGGCCACCAGGGUGGAAUCUUGAGUAAUCUUCAUGUUGACGAAACUGGCAGGUUUAUGGUAAGUGCCAGUGGUAACAGAGGCUGGGGUCAUUCUACAUUCACGGACUCGGUGUUGUUGUACGAGAUCGACUUUGAGGGUUAA